CCAUCCAAGCUGUGUCGGUAUCAUCGGAGUAUCUGACUGCCGCUGCUGCGCAUGCCGUGGUCUCCAAAUGGAUUCCGACCUGCUGGAAGACUGCAAAAACUUGAACACGUCAGAGCUCCCACCACUCGUUCUCAUCGAUGGAGAAGUUCUAAAUCUGGACCUAUCCAUGAAACAACACUCGGACAUGCAGCCGUUGACUUCUCUAGAGCACGUUGAGGCCCCAUCUACUUCUGUUAAAGAAGAGCCGGAGGAACUGCAGCAGUGUGACCAGGAGGAAAAGAGGGAUGCCGUAGUGCCGAACUUUGAGAUGCUGAACAAGCCGCCGGACAGUGGAGUACAGAGACAGAAAACACUACAUCUGGAGAACUCGAACUCAGGGUUACGUGCGGAGAUUGGCCGGUUGAAACUAGAACUGAGAAAUCUCAAAAGACAAGUUGUCGAACACAUGGAACUGUGCCACAGUGGAGACUUCUCGCCUCUAGAGUUGCAGGAACUUUCCGAGGAAACCUGAGAUUGGCAAUGAUCCACCAAACUCUGUUAACCUUCCGCCAUCUUGGAUUUGGAGGUCAUCAGGAGACAUAUCAGAAUAACGUGCUAGAAGCUGGCGAUUCAGACUUAUGUGUUUUUAUUACCGAUUUGUGUAAAGUAGAGUUAUAUAACGCUAAGUUGUAUCAUGUUAGAUUUGUCGGGGGGUUGAAAAUGAUGAACAAUUCUGUAUAUAUUAAAAGUUAAAAGGUCAUAAAGGUUGAAAUACAUUUAGUUCAUGGCCAAGUGAUAACAAGUUAUAUGGGUAGAGUGAAUUAUAUAUAUAUAUAUAUAUAUAUGUUACAAUGAUGUUUGUUAUUAUGCUUUAUUGGUAUAUGUAACAAUUGUAUUACGCAUGUGCAUGUUCAGCAAAAUUCAGUUCAAGAAGUUUUACUGUAAAGAAAUGCAAACUGUCAAUCUUUUUAACAAAGCAAAGGUUGACUGUAUAUAUUAAAGUGUAGACCCGACUUAAGUCAUGACAAGUAAGUAGACAUAUAGUUGACUGCUAUUCUUCUGGUAAUGUUAACAGCUUGUUUGUAGGCUUGCUCCUUGUAGUGUAAGAUGAAAUAACCUGGAAAUACCCUAAAUACA